AUGACCAACGUCUUCAGUCAUGUUCGAAGUUUUCUGGAGCAACAGCCAGCGCCAGCGAAGACUUUAGAGAAGUCAUCCUCUCCAAACAUCCUCUACACAGCUCUUCCAAAGCAUUGGAGAUCCAACAAAUCCUUUCAAGAACCAUUUUAUGUUGUCCUUUUGACACCUGUUCCUGAUAACACAGAAGGUACGCUUCGAAAUUUUCCCUAUCUUUCAUUCCCAUUUGUUCCAGUAUCUAUUUGGGCUGGCAACGAUGAAAAACCCUGUGAAGAGGUUCGAAACGAAAAAGCAAAAGUACAUCGACAGGUGGCCAAAUUCAACGAUUUGCGGUUUGUCGGGCGGUCCGGUCGAGGCCGAAAAUUCCAUUUGACAAUCGUUAUACACUCGUCACCGAUGAUGGUGGCCACCGUCAAAAAUGUGAUCAAGGUUACUGUAGACGGACCAAGGGAUGCGAGAAUUCCAAAACCAUCGGGGUGUACUAAACGACAAGAACAACAACAGACACCCACAAUUUUCCCAUGUGAUAUUCUUCAGUCCUCGACUCCAUCAAUGCCAAUGAUUCCUCCGCCUUGGUGGACUCUUGCACCAAAUCUACCACCGCUCACUCUCCCGUUAAUGACUCCAGGAGUACCGUCAAUUUCAGCAGCUCUUUGGAAAUUGCACAACGAUUCAAUGAGAACUCCAAUUAAGAGAAAACAUGAGCAAGAAAAUUUUUCACUAAACACCUCCACUUGUAUAUCUUCGCCUUCUGUGUUCAUCACUCCAAGCUCCCAUGAUCGAACACGAGAUUCAAUGUCACCGCCUCAAUCCAAUAAACCAUCGUCUGCAUCUAUCAAUCUGAUUCAAGAAACACCAGAAACUGUUCCUUCAAAACGUCGCAGGAAUAUGUCCACAACGUCUUCUUGUAGCUCUUCACCGACUAUAUGGAGACCUUUCUAA